AACCAUCAAGGGAGAGAGACAGUAGCAGUCUUGCGAGUUUGACACACAAGCAAAGAAAACAACAGUCAAAAUCAAUCAAAUGGCGAUGAGAGCUGUAGUAAGCCGACUCAGCCUGACGCGCUCGAUGGAUUCAACUAGGGGAGUAACUCGCUACUUCAGCGACGACAAAGGUCGUGUCUUGAGCGAGGAGGAACGCGCUGCUGAGAACGUUUACAUUCAGAAAAUGGAGAGGGAGAGGCUGGAGAAGCUGAAGCAGAAGGCAGCGAAAGAGAAGUUGGAGAAAGAUAAACAGGGUUCUGAUAAGGUACAUAUACUAAUGAUUUCUAUUUCAAUGAUGUGCAUUGAGUUAUUUUAGA